GAAUUUGGAUUAAAAUCAUCUUGAUUGCGAUGACCAUUUAGUUUUGACGGCAGUAAGCAAUUGGCAAAACAACUGUUGAAAAUUACGUUGACGUGGUUAUUGUUGAGAGUGACACGAACGAAGUAAUCGAAUCUAGCUACUGUGGUGCAAAACAGCAUCCAACGCGACAUCCUUGCUCUCUGAACAUUCAUACGAACACGCAUGUGCUACGAUGUUCUCUCCGUCAAGUCGAGGAAGAGCGCAACAACAAUAAAAACAAUAAAAACAACUUCUUUUGCGAUCCUUUCUGGAGAACUGUUUACAGUAGACCAAAAUGGGCGAAUCAGUCUCGUACGAGCGAAUUGAGUUCGAGUCACCUUUUAGUCUUUGACAUUAGUGGCAACGAGCUCUCCACACAACCUUAGAACGAUUGUCAAAAAUCAAAUGCUGUCAAAGCUGAUGCUCCCGUCGUAACACUUCGACGAGAAUAUCAGCGUUCAGACGAUUGUUUUUUUGACAGAUUUUAAAAUUCGAAACAGGCUGCAGGUGUAGAUCUUCGCUCGCCGAUGAGGUCAUAGUAACAAGCACAAAAUUAAACUCCUCUUGCUGCUGUUGCUGAGAAUGCCGGAGGCGCUUGCUAUCUGUUGUCCACGUUGGUUUAGCUUGGCUUUGCGUUGUGUUGGCCGUGGUUCUCGUUUGGGGGAGCUCGAAUGUGGAGAAAUAAUUGGAGAUUACAAGCUCUGUUGAAAUGUUGAGGCGACGAGGAGACUUUCGGCGGAUCCACGAAGACCGGAAUGAAAUGAGCGCAGAGCGCGCGACCUUCGACACGGUGGUCGGAGAAGACAACUUCGCCCUCAAGUCUCAAUCAUCUCCCGCGGCACGAGGACCGUUGAGGCUUGGAUCGAAGGCGCCGUGAACGUUCAGCUCCUCAUCUGUUGGGAGGAUAGAGAGACACUCCAGGGAGUCAGGAAAUCCGAACGACUUUUCGACACACAUGGAAGAAGGACGCGCUUUCCUGUUGCCAAGAUACGCCACAUCCACAAGUCUGCACGACACGCCAUGGCUUGGCUUGGCUUGGCGGCUUGGGGAAUCGCGACUGCGACUCCGACUCCGACUCCCCCAGAAUCUCCCCAUGCACGCACGCUCGCACUUUGCUUCAUCUCCGCUCCAACCUCGACCUCUGCAACCUUCCAAAUGCCCCACGCCGUCGCAUCUUCAUCGGGUCGGAGCACGCCUCACGCGAAACUGCAUCCAAUCUCGUUGAAAUAGCCAACUUCCAACAGAUAUUGACUGCUUCGACCGCAAUGUUUACACCGUGAAUAUUGGAGCCAAGGACAUGCCUAGCUUCUCCAAAAAUUUACGCGUCGGUAGAUCGCUGGCGAAGGUCUCGGAUGUUGAAUUCAGAUGUCGUGGUCUUUGAUGGACAUGAAAAUUCAGGCAGACUGGCAUUCAAACGCUUCCUCUUUUGAAACAUCUUGACUUUUCCUUUUCUACUUCCUGUAAACUAACAUUAGAGGCAAUUUUUGUCAAAGGGAUGAAAAUCCCGUCAAGUAUUCAAUAUAAAAUGUUACUGGGUUCGAUAACAUUUCAAUAGAAAAUUAUAUAUCAUUG